UCCAAUCCACCUUGAAGCUCACUCCUGCGAGCACUGCCGAAAGUUGGUCAUCGAUGACACCAAGGUCAGGCUAGGUGAGAACGGCGGCGAAGAAAAAAAACUUCUUCCACUUCGACAUUUCCAUCCCGGAUAUCAGAGAGGCAUCUUCUGAUAAUUGUGCGUUUGCUACUUGGCUUCUCGAGGAAGAAUGGAUCUACCGAUCGGGGAUUCAUCGAAAGAUGCAGCGAGAAUCUACGGCCUCCGAUCAAGACCCCGGCCUUGUCAGCGGAGGAGCUCUAACUGAAAUUCAGGAGCAUGUAGCUGAUGAAGAAGUGGUCGAUGAGAGGACGGUGCAGUGGGCAGUUAGAGAGGCGUUAAUCCGUUUUGAGAACACGCUGCCGCCCCCAGACCAGUCGCAAACGUUACGACACGUGAUCGAAAACAGCGGCACGGGGACGAUUGCGUUGAUGAGACUAAGGCUAGCAUGCUUUUUCUUCGAUUCUAUGGAGAUCAAGUUCUUCGCAUUGUGGGAUGUCAGCAAGAAACGCGUAGCAUACCGGACGAGGAACGGGUUCAGCGUCUAUGCGAGGCGGGACAAUCCUGCAGGAAGAAUGAUCUCUACUCGUCCCAUGGAGCGGGACGCCGGGUCUCAGCAGACUUUCCAAAGGAUGAAAGUACAUCUGAAUGAAUGCCUCUACGGUGAAAGAAGAGGGAAGAAAAUGCACUCGAUCUGUCCCCUUCCGGCGCAGGAUUACAUGCCGACGAGGCUUCUAGAGAUUUGCGGCAGCAACAACUCGUUCAAGAUUCGACUUCGAAGCACGGCUGAAAUGCCGGUGGAGCCGUACAUUGCGCUCAGCUACUGUUGGGGAGGUGACCAGAGAAUGAAAUCUACCUGCGACCAGCUGGACACUUGGAUGAGCGACAUUCCGUGGGACGCACUGUCCCAGACGCUCAGAGACGCGAUAGUCGUUUGCCAUAACCUUCUUUUCCGGCUCUUAUGGGUCGACGCCUUUUGCAUCGUGCAGGACGAUCCGCAGGAUAAAGCGGUGGAGAUUGCGCAAAUGCCAAAUGUAUACCGGAACUCUGUUAUAACGAUAGCCGCCUCACGUGCACAAAGCGUUCAAGAAGGAUUUCUGGCGGAGAGAAUUUCGACUCAGCUUCUUGACCAAGUAUUUCAACUUCCAUUUAAGGGACGUUACUUUUCGGAGGGUGCUAUCACUCUUUUCCGGACCAAGAUUGAGCCGGAGCCUCUAGACACGCGCGGCUGGUCCCUCCAAGAACGUCUCCUUUCUCCUCGAACGUACGAAUUUGGCACCCGACAAUCCCGCUUCAUUUGCCAACACAAUCCCCGAGGCGUGCCCGACGGUUGGCGCGUGAAGCCCGAAGAACACGGCUCCAGGCAAGACAACCUAGAUGAUGUAGCGGUGCUCCAAACGCAGUUCAUUGGCGCGCAGCAACCGCAGGGAAGUAUCAUCGGCACGGAUUUCGAAGAGGCCAUGGAGAAUUGGUAUCAUCUCGUCGGGGUAUACAGCUACAGACGCCUCACUUUCUCCACAGACCGCAUAAUGGCCAUCUCAGGAAUUGCGGCUCGAUAUGGGCAUAUCUUCGGCGAUGAAUACUGUGCUGGGCUGUGGCGCUCCACCUUCUCUCGGGCCCUCUAUUGGAAGGUGCGAUACUCCGAAGACGAAACUUAUCCCCGCCCCACGUCCUGGCAAGGACCUUUCUGGUCAUGGAUAUCCAUAAAUUGGCCUGUAUCCUUUCCCUCUCCAGAUGAGACGGAUGAAGUUGAGCCGCGAGUUUUGCACAUUAAUCUCCAGCUCGCAAACCCGGCAGAUCCUUACGGCGCGCUACUCACCGGUUCCGGUCACUUGACUGUCAGAGGCAAGAUCAACGCUGCAUAUCUUAUGCUUGAGAAGAGCCCCUUCGGAAUCUGGCGAGGCAAGGCUGGCGGCAUGGCGUAGAACGGAAAGGGCU